AUGUCGAAGCCAUUCGACCCGGAGAAGGCGGAGAAUUUGGAGGAGAUGGAGAAGCAAUUCGCAGUGAAAGCUGUGGAGCAUCUGAUGACAUACUGGUCAAUCCUCGAGAAAGUGCCGGGGUCGAAGCUGCGCCUGACGAAAAUGGACGACGAGAUUUACGAACAUUUCAAGAAGGAAUUCCCGGAUUUUGACCCCAGCGAGACUAUCGACGAAGACAAGAUGAAGAGCAAAGAGGGCAAGGAGAAGUGGCGCAAUUUCAUGAAUCAAUAUGAGAAGAAAAUCAGCGACUUCAACUUCGGCACAAUCUUGCGAACAAAUCCGAAAUACGAAUACGACAAAGACACCACAAUCUUUGCGAUGCGAAUGCAAUUCUACGCUAUAGAAAUCGCUAGGAACCGCGCUGGAUUGAACGACUGGAUAUACGAGCGAGCGCAGAAGGAAAAAGAGAAGUCGAGCUCCUAA